CCCUUCGACUUCGAGAACUCGAGCACUCGAGCGAACGACUUCGAGAACUCAAGCUCUCGAGCUCGAGAGCGAGAGCGAGAGCGAGAGAGAGAGAGGAAAGUUGGUCAUGGAGUCAUCUUCCUCUUCGCCCACCUCCUCCACCCACUGUUUCUCUCCUCAUUCACAGGGGGAGGUGAAGCUUACCAUCACGCAGUUGGAGCAAGAGAGCGUGGAGAGGAAUGUGUUUGAGAUUUACCGUCACCUCGCUGAAGCUCCCCCUCAGGCCAAGCCUUUCAUGGUGCAGCUUUGGCAUGAUGAGCAUGUUGAGUUCUUAACAAAAGGACUAAGAAAACUUGGUCCAAACUUUGAUGUACUCGAUGCCAACCGGCCUUGGUUAUGCUAUUGGAUUCUUCACUCGAUUGCUUUAUUAGGAGAACAUGUUGACUCAGAAUUGGAGAAUAAUGUAGUGGACUUUCUUUCCCGUUGCCAGGACAAAGAUGGUGGAUAUGGAGGUGGACCUGGGCAGAUGCCUCACCUAGCAACAACAUAUGCUGCUGUAAACACAUUAGUUACUUUGGGAAGUGAGAGGGCAUUCUCAUCAAUAGACAGAGGAAAAAUGUACGAGUUUUUAUUGCGGAUGAAAGAGCGCCGAGGGGCUUUCAGAAUGCAUGAUGGUGGUGAAAUUGAUGUCCGAGCUUGCUACACUGCUGUUUCUGUGGCAAGCAUGCUGAAUAUUCUGGAUUCUGUGCUUAUUAAAGAUGUUGGAAAUUUCAUUUGGAGUUGCCAAACAUAUGAAGGUGGUAUUGCUGGAGAACCUGGUUCUGAAGCUCAUGGUGGGUACACAUUUUGUGGCUUGGCAGUCAUGAUCCUGAUCAACGAGGCUGAUAAGUUGGACAUGCCUAGUCUAAUUGAUUGGGCAGUUUUCCGCCAAGGUGUGGAAUGUGGAUUCCAAGGUCGAACAAACAAGUUGGUUGAUGGUUGUUACUCCUUUUGGCAAGGAGGUGCGCUUGCUUUAAUUCAAAAGUUAUUGUCUGCUGCUGGUAAAGAAUCACCAUUAUGUGGAGGGCAGGCAUCUGAAGAAAGCAUGUAUAAUAUCACAUUAUCUCGUGGUGAAAAACUUUCAGAUGUUGGCUUUGCUUUUAUGAAUGAAAAAACUGAGUGCGGCCCUCUAUUCCACACUAUUGCCUUGCAACAAUAUCUCCUCCUUUGUUCUCAGGUACAUGAAGGAGGAUUCAGGGACAAGCCUGGGAAAAGCCGAGAUCACUAUCACUCAUGCUACUGCCUCAGCGGACUCUCCGUAAGCCAAUAUAGCCAUUGCAAAGAUCCUCGUCACAAUUCUCCAUCGCCUAAUGACGUGCUGGGACAGUACUCGAACUUGUUGGAACCCAUCCAUCCUCUCUAUAACGUUGUCCUGGAUAAAUAUGAUAAGGCGCGCGAGUUCUUCUCCGCAUUCUGAUUGAUCUUGAAACUAUGUUCAACCUCGACACUGAAAAUAUCAUGGUGAUGGUACAACAUGGAACUUACAGUCAUUGAUGCUAAUUAUGAUGAAUACUGAAGGUUAAGCUUAUGCUUGGUGAAACCAGUCUGUUUCUUGUAAUGCCCAGGCAGCUUAACUGAAGGGGUUUGAUGUGCUUGUGGACCUGUACAUUAAAACAGUAUGCAUGUUUUAUUUACAUUUAUAACCCUAUAAAAGUUUGAAAUUUCAUAUA